UAUCAACUAUAAGAAAGAACAGAACAUUUUUCUUGUCUGUUAUCUUCGACAAUUCGAAGCAUCUUUCAGGUUAUGAACUGAAAUCAACUCUACCGACAGGAAAGUGGUUGACGUAGAGCUUCUGAUACUAUCCUCAUGUUUCUUCCUAUGUUUUAACACCCGAAGAAACGGAAAAAGGAAAAGAAAGGAAAGAAUCUGCAGCGAUUGAGCGUGCGUUGAUUUCAGCUCGUACUGCUUGAAGUCAUUUAUUAGUAACUGCCAUCCUGGUUCCUUGCCUACUUCCUGUUUGAUGAAAUGUUUCAGUGUGUGAUACUUUUCGUCCGCUAGGUUGGUCAUUGCUGGUGCAAGAGUUUGGUAUAUUUUCACUAGGGUAGCAUAAUAUGGCUAGACAAGCACGUGCCAUCUUCCUUGAAGAAUGGUUGAGGAGCAACAGUGGUAGCAGCAGCAACAUCAACUCAAGAAGUUCUGCAUCUUCUGCCCGAGCCAUAAUUCAAGCAUGGGCUGAUCUUAGAAAUUCUCUUGAAAAUCAAGCAUUUCAUCCUCAUCACCUUCAGUCUUUGAAGACACUGCUUAAUUCCCAAGCGUCCCUUUAUGUUGCAGAUCCCCAAGCCAAGCUUCUUAUUUCCAUUAUAUCCUCCAGAAACAUCUCUCUUCCUCCUGAAUCUUAUCGUUUCUUUUUUAGACUUCUUUAUAUCUGGGUCAGGAAAUCUUCUAAACCAUCUUCAGUACUGAUUGAUUCUGCUGUUGAGGUUAUAUCUGACCAUUUCUCUAUGCAGUUUGAUUCUAACAAGAUCUCUUUCUACUUCUCUGAAGUAGUUCUCCUCCUGGGCGCCUUUACUUUUGUGCCUUCUGUUUCCAAAAAAUCCAAAACCUUUUGCUUGGAAUUGCUCUCCAGGUUAUUGGAAGAGGAGUACCGAUUGAUUGGUUCAUCUGACCUGCAUAUUCCUAAUGUUCUAGCUGGGAUUGGUUAUGCUCUAUCUUCUUCUGAGAAUAUUUACUUUGUUAGAAUUCUAGACUCUUUAUUUGGAAUUUGGAAUAGGGAAGAUGGACCUUCUGGUAGUGUGUCUCAUGGGCUUAUGAUACUGUAUUUGACCGAAUGGGUUUUGUCUAGUUACAUAAAUUCACAUUCUUUUGAGAAAGUUAAUGAUUUUGCCAAAAAGGUUUUAGAGACUCCAAAUCCACAUCAUGCCUCAUUUGCCAUGGUCAUGGCUGCAGCUGGAGUUCUGAGGGCUUCAAGUAAAUCUCUCCCUAAUGCCCUACAACUUAGAAUUUCUGCAGAGAAAAAGAUUGAAACUGUUGCCUUAGACUUAAUGUCUGAAACUGGUGGUUUCACUAACUCAGCUAGAAAGAGCCUUCUCAUGAAUUGUAUUGCCUUAGCUUUAGCUAAGAGCAGUACAGUUUCGUUUCGAGCUUCCCUGUUUGUAUGCCUUGCUUCAGUGUUAUUGACUGAAAUAUUUCCCUUAAAGCAUUUUUAUACAAGGGUUUUUAAGUACCUAGAUGGAAGUUUGGAACAGUUGAGUUUUAAUGAGGUCAAAGACCAUUUGAAUAGCACCCCUUUUAAAGAAGCAGGGGCCAUAACUGGUGCUCUCUGCAAUCAGUAUGCAUCAGCUGAUGAAGACAGCCGGAGUAUAGUGGAGAGUCUGAUUUGGGACUACUGUCAAGAUGUCUACUUGGGACGGCAAAUUGCUUUGAUGCUUCGAGGUAGGCAGGAUGAGUUACUGAGCGACUUAGAGAAAGUUGCUGAAUCAGCUUUCCUUAUGGUUGUAGUUUUUUCAUUGGCUGUCACAAAACACAAGUUAGACUCAAAAUGUACUGUAGAAAUGCAAAUGGAGAUUUCUGUAAAGAUAUUAAUUUCAUUUUCUUGCAUGGAGUAUUUCCGGCGGAUGCGAUUGCCAGAAUACAUGGAUACAAUUAGAGCAGUUGUUGUAGCCAUUCAGGAGAAUGAGUCAGCUUGUGUCUUAUUUGUAGAAUCUUUGCCAUCUUAUCUGACUUGAUCAAUCAACCAGGUAAUCUUGCAGAAAAUGGGAUACACGUGGUCUAAAGAUGAAGUGCAGACUUCUCGGAUCUUGUUUCACUUAAGGGUUAUUCCAACUUGCAUUGAACACUUACCUGCCCCUAUAUUCAGAAAGGUGGUGGCUCCAAUUAUGUUCUUAUACAUGUGUCACCCUAAUGGAAAAGUAGCACGUGCCUCUCAUUCAGUGUUUGUGGCAUUUGUAUCGUCUGGGAAGGACUCAAAUGAGGAUGAAAAAGUUUUUCUGAAGGAGCAACUUGUUUUCUAUUACAUUCAGAGAUCUUUACAGGGGUACCCUGGGCUCACUCCUUUUGAGGGGAUGGCUUCUGGAGUUGGUGCCUUGGUUCGUCAUCUUGUUGCUGGGAGUCCAUCUAUAUUUUACACUAUACACAGCUUUGUUGAAAAAGCUCGCAAUCUCAGCCUUGAGGUUGUGGCCAAAGAUGCUGAUCUAUGGAGGAAUUGGCAAGGAGAGCUGGAGCCUUGUAAAAAAAUCCUUGAUUUGCUUAUAAGACUCCUUUCCCUGGUGGAUAUUCAGGUCCUACCGAGUUUGAUGAAGCAAUUAGCACAAUUGAUUGUCUCAUUUCCCAAAGAUGGCCAGAAUGCGAUUCUCAAUGAGUUAUAUGACCAAGUUGCAGAAUCUGAUGAUGUUACACGCAAACCUACAUUAGUUUCAUGGCUACAGUCAUUAGCAUACCUUUGUUCUCAAGCUAUUGAUGGUGCUGGAACAUCGAAAGGGGUAGGACAGGAAGAAAAUGCUUCUUUUGCAAGGACCAGUGAUCAAUUAAGCUUGAAUGGAGUUAAUGCAAAGCUCUAAGGUGUGAUCUGCAGCUAAUCUACCUUAUUUUCUUUUAGCUUGUUUGGUUCAAUGUAGUUGGUGUUACUGAUGUAGGACAGAAAACUGAAUAUUAGGAAUUACUGUUUUUUUAUUUUUUAUCUUUUGUUUAUUUAUUAAGUUUUUUAUUUUGUUUCCUAAUUUAGUUUGUUUUUUCUCUGGUUAUUAGGCUCCAUUAAAAUCCUAAUAUAGUUUCUUUCCUAUAUACAGUAGUUUAGGUUGUAAUUGAAGUUAGUUUUUAUGAUUGAUAUUGAUAAUAAGGUUUAUUGAUUUUCAGUUUGUUCUUCUGUUCUUUCGGGUGCAUCUGUUACACUAUCAUUGAUCGACAGAUAUUUUGGAAUUAAGACAUUUCACUGGGCAUGACUUUUAUAGGAUUAUCAGAACUUUUUGCAGUGAUGGCAAUUAUAUAUCUCCUUUAAUUUAUAGUGUGAUCAAGGGAUAAAAUGCAGUCGCACAUCAUUGCUAUUUUUACCUCUAAUCAAUUAUCUCAAUGACACACAAGAAACUAAUCUCUCAUUCUGGCACCUGCCUGUAGAAGGUUUCUAACACCGUUUAGAACUUAAAGGAAUUGUUUUAACAUACAUUGACACCAGAGAGAAGUCAAAAGCCUUAUAGGAGCUAAAAAUAUGUCUAAAUCAACUUACAAUCUUUUAUUUUUAGUGAAGGCUUUAAUCCAUUACACAGAUGAUUUUGACUGCAUUACAGUUUGAUUUAAUCAUACUUUGUGAAGUAGGAAACUAUUAGGUAUAUUAGGAGGUAUUAGACUAAAAGUUUUAAUGAUGUUUUGUCUUCUAUCCUAAGUCUGUUAAAUUGUUCACAUCUCAUCUAAAAGUUUAAACUGAUAGAUAAGAAGGUUAACUUCUAUCUUUUAUAUUAUUAUUUUUACUCUUAACAUGACCCUUCACGCGUUUUUAGGCUCAUUGCAUAAUUGGUCCAAACAUAUACAAUUAGUGAAAUAUUGGGUUAGCAAUGAGUUUGAACUCAAGACUUUUGCCUACUCUAAUACUAUAUUAAAUUGUUAACACCAUCUCAUCUAAAAGUUUAACAGUCAUUGAAGUUUUAGGUGUUAGGCUUCAGUUGACAAUCAUGGUUAGUAUUGUUUUUCUUGAUUAGUAUUAAGAUAAGAUAAUCGGGCAAAUUUACCAGGAUAUGUAAAAUAUAUGAAGUAUUCAUUUCAAAACCAGUGCAAAGAAAGAGUGGGACUGAAUAAACCAAAAGAUUAUUGACAUGCUUAAUCAAUGAAUCGAUCAAAAUGAGAUCCACUAUGUUGCCCCAAAAGUCACAUUGACAAUAUAAAUUUAUGCAAAAGAACAAUAUGGCAAAAUCUUAAGUUGAAUCCCCUCCCUAACACAAUCUAGCAAGGGAAUUACGAGACAAAGUUCUGACACUAUCUUCAUAGAGAAAAGUUUCAUGAGAUGGCGGUAAGUGAAUAUAAUUGAUAUUUGUGUUCUACCACAUAGUUGAUUUUUUAUUUUAAAUUAUUUGUCUGGGACAUGCUCUUGUCAAUAAUGAUGAUUUUACAUACUUAUGUAAUUCAUCUUGUAUGGGAAUUUAUUACAAUUGCAUAUGUCUUGUAAUGUAUAUAUACAUCCAAAAAAAAGUAACUUAAUACCGCCCGACACUUGUAUUAUACUGCCCUAAUGACAAAUAUGGUAUUUUUUCAGGUAUUAUACUCACAGCUCUGCUUAAAAUGCAUGUUAUGAUACAUUCAAUGCAAUUCUCGUAGUACAACCCUAACUAUUGUAUGGAAUGAUGUGAUUUAUCAUGAGUCGUUACAUAUAUGGAUAUGAAUUACAACUAUAUCAUCAUGACAUUAUAUUUGAAAGCAAUUCUCUUUGCAUUAUAAUUUUUCACCAAAGAAUUUGCCUGUUUUGAAUAUAGUACAUUAAAACUCCGCCUGGGGAUGUUAUCCAUUACCGGUCCCAAGCUCAGAUAAAGGAGGAGGGUUGUGUUAGGUAGCCGACAGCCAACGUAAAACUUAGUCGGAUCCAAAACAUGAACUCUAGACAAAUUAUGAAAAAUCGUUUGGGCGUGGGCAUAACCCUUCAUAGUGACGCGCUACACUGCCCCCGUGUAGUGACAAGUGAGCUAGGGCCGCUUCAUCGGCGCCCGGAUGUAGUGAUAAAUGAGCAAGG